CUGUACGGCUUCCGCUCGGCCGAGCCCAACUCGCUGCCGUUUGCCGCCGGCGAGACCUUCCUGCUGCUCGAGCGCAGCAACCAGCACUGGUGGCUCGUGACGCGCGCGGGCUCCGGCGAGACGGGCUACGCACCCGCCUCCUACCUGCAGCGUAUCCAGGUACUGGAACAAGAUGUGGUUCUGCAGUCUAUUGAUCGAGCCAUUGAGGCUAUACACAAUGCAGCUAUGAAGAAUGGGGGCAAGUACAACUUGGAGCAGAGGGAUGUCCUCCAGAAGUUGAUCCACCAUCGAAAGGAGACUGUAUCCCGCAAAGGCCACUCGCCAGCCAGUCAGGGCAUGACUAUGACCCCGUCCUCUAGUGAUCACCAUUUAGAUAUGGCACGGCAGCCCAAUGGGGUGUGCCGGACAGGAUAUGAGCGACACCACAGCCUCCCUAACACCGAGCUCCAAGAGAAUGAGGAAAGUCUUUACCAGAUCCCACCGCAGCCACGCCGAGCUGCUCCCGUCACGCCACCACCACCAGAAAAGCGCAAGAGCACGCAGACAGCAGUGCCCAUUAAAAAUGCUGUGGAAAUCACCUCUGGGUCAGCUUCUGGUGCCUCUUCUGUGAGCUCCACUUCCCUCGAUAGCUUGUACACUGGUUCCACUCCCUCGGAAAUGUGUCUCCCAACAGCCACUUCCAGUCCCACCAACACCCCGCCACCCGUGCCCAGCAGGAGUGCCCACACUACUGUAUCACGCAGCUUGGAUUUUGGCUCUUCUGUCCACACACAGCAUGAGACUUCAGGAAAGGAUGGUAUAACUAGAUCUCCUCAGACCAAGAGGGCUGCCCCGGCCCCUCCAACUGAAGCAGGGCUUCAGAGGUGUCUCACUGUGGAUGGGGAGAAGAAUCCACAGGUCAAGAAGACCACUCCGGCUCCCCCAGUAGGCUUAGAAGCCUUCAACUCGCUUUCCCUUGAAGAGAAAAAGGCAACUGCCCUGGAGUCCCUGGCCCCAGAACCCAACAGCCUGGCUGUAUCAGUGCCGAAGACGAUUGGUGCUGAGCUAAUCGAGCUGGUGCGCAGAAACACAAACCUGAGCUAUGAGCUGUCCCGGGUGGCCAUCGGCGUGGUGAUUGGCCACAUACAGAGCAACGUCCCAGCGACCAGCAGCAUCAUGGAGCAGAUUCUCAUCUCCCUAGUGGAAAGCAAGAAUCUGAGUUCUGGGCUGCCAUCGGGACAGAUCUGCCAUGAUGAACAGAGGCUUGAGGUGAUCUUUGCCGAUCUGGCCAGGCAUAAAGAUGAUGCUCAGCAGCGCAGCUGGGCUCUCUAUGAAGACGAAAAUGUCAUCUGCUGCUACCUGGAAGAGCUGCUUCGCAUCCUGACAGAUGCAGAUCCUGAGGUUUGCAAGAAAAUGUGCAAGAAGAAUGAGUUUGAAUCAGUCCUGUCCCUUGUGGCCUAUUAUCAGAUGGAACACCGAGUGCCACUCCGCCUGCUGCUGCUGAAGUGCUUUGGAGCCAUGUGCAACUUGGAUGCUGCUAUUAUCUCCACGCUCGUUAACUCUGUCCUCCCCAUGGAGUUGGCCCGAGACAUGCAGACUCAUACACAAGAUCAUCAAAAGAUGUGCUAUUCUGCACUGGUGCUGGCAAUGAUAUUCUCUAUGGGAGAGCCGCUGCCAUAUCAUCACUACGAACACCUUAACUCACAGUUUGUCCAGUUCUUGUUGGAGGUGAUUGAGGAUGGACUGCCCUCAGACACAACAGAUCAGCUGCCUGACUUAUUUGUUAAUGUCCUGCUGGCCUUCAAUCUCCACAUUCCAGUCCCAGAGCACAAUGUGAUCAUGACUACGAUAAGCAAGCACUCCAAUGUCAAGACUUUCACAGAAAAGCUGCUGCUACUGCUGAACAGGGGAGAUGAUCCUGUCUGCAUCUUCAAGCACCAGCCCCAGCCGCCGCACUCAGUGCUGAAGUUCCUCCAGGACAUCUUUGCCAGCAAGGACACGGCCAGCAUCUUCUAUCACACAGACAUGAUGGUGAUGAUCGACAUCACGGUGCGGCAGAUUGCAGACCUUUCCCCAGGAGACAAGCUGCGGAUGGAAUAUCUCUCUCUAAUGCAUGCGAUCAUCCGCUCCACACCCUAUCUGCAGCAUCAGCACCGCCUCUUGGACCUCCAGGGGAUCCUGCAGCGCAUUCUGGCUGAGGAGGAGGAGGGGCAGCAGUGCCAGAUGGACAAGAUGAUCAUCUGGGAGAUGUAUAAGGAGUUCCCAGAGAUUGCUUCUGGCACCAGCUAACCGGACCUCGCACUGGACCAAGAGAACCACUUGGAUCAUAAACAUCUCUUGUUGACACUUCCUCCCCAUCCCUGUCCAGUACAGCUCAUACCUUGUUAUUCCUUCAGGUGAGGCCUAGCGUUCAGAUAAUGCCAAAGGGCCUUUUAGAAGUGUCUGCAGUGCAGGACCCCAGUGGAAAGCGCCCCCCUGAGUUCUUCCUCCCCUAGGAGAGCUCUGACACUGAGUUGAAAGCGGAUUGGCACAAGGGUGCGGAUUCGUUACUGGGCCUGGGAUAGGAGGGUGGUUACCUGUCUGAGUGUAGACAACAGGGGCUUAUCAGGCUGGCCGGCCUUGUGUGUUCAGCUCUGCUGGUGUUUUGAGGUCCUAAAGCAAGAGGCCUUUGCCUUAGCCUAUCCCUUCUCCAUAUGCAUCUCUCCCUGCAGUUACCCAGGUGAGUCCACCAGUGCUUGGAAGAAGCUUCUGUAACAUCUGUUUUGUUCGCUGCUAGUGCAAAAGUGCCACAGGCCUGGCAAGGGAGGCACUAACUGGAUCUCCAGUACAGUGUCUGGGGAGCCAUACCUGCUUCACCCCAGGCUUCAUUCUAGGUUGCAGCCUGCCAGCCUGGCUGGGGUCUCCCCCAACAGCUGCUUGCUCUGGUUUGCUUCCAUCAUGCUGCUUAGGUUUGAAUCCCAUGUGCACUGUGCUGGCACAGAAGUAAUGGUUGUCGCAGCGACGUUGUUCCCAGAAGCCUCUGGCCUCAACACAGGCCUGAGGCAUGUCCUGCUUGGUGACAGCUGUAGCCUGCCUCCUGCUGUCUGCCCAGUUGUUUCCUCUGGUGUGUAGCUGGGAGCAGGGAGUGCUGCCUUUACCGCCUGUGGAUUUCUUGCCUUGAGCUUAGUAGUGAUUGGCUCUGCCUUGCCGUAUCCCCUCUCCCUGUGACAGGGUGCUUGAGCCUGGCAUUGUCGCUCUGUGAACGUGCACGUGUGGAGACCCCUUUAGUUCGAUAUCUUCUAGGGACCUAGCAAAAAUUCCUGUCACAGAUGUGGUCCCCAACUGACCCGGGUCUGUUGAGCAUGGCACUCUGCCCAUGCUCUGUCACUAACCAGAGGACCCUCUUCUGGAGCUUGGCAGUGCUCUGCAUAGAAGCCAUUGGAACUGGAUAUGCUUUAAACAACAGGUUGUUAAAGCAUAACUAAAGCCACGGGCCAUGGGUGUGAAGCCCUGGGAAGGGCACUGGUUGUAAAGCUCAAAAAGUGGGAGUGGGACGGGAGGUUGUUUUUGGCCUUCCCACGGUGAACAAACAGCCCCAUGAGAAACCUCUGUUCCCCUGUACAAAUGUAUGAUCGUCAAAGCGACCUGUAUUUUCUUAAACACUAAAGUGACUGUAACUUGCAAAGGAAUAAACAUCUUAACUGUGCAAA